UACAUAUAUAUAUAUACAUAUGUAUAUAUAUAUAUGUAUAUAUAUAUAUAUUGUGCGUAGAAUCGAUAAACAAUAAGCGAACGCAAUGGAUCGAGGCAAAAUGGCCGUCAACGUGCACUCGACAAAUGUCUCAUCGCAAAAUUGGUCGCGUCACGAGAUGUUGUCCUGGGUCAAUACACAAAUGAAAGCUGAAUUCACAAAGAUCGAGGAGCUCUGCACAGGCGCUGCCUAUUGCCAAUUUAUGGACAUGCUGUUCCCCAAUUCGGUGGCCAUUAAACGCAUCAAGUUUCGGGCCAAUCAGGAGCACGAAUUUGUGCACAAUUUUAAGCUGCUGCAGGCGAGCUUUCAGAAGAAGGCCGUACACAAGGAGAUACCCAUUGAGCGGCUGAUCAAGGGCCGCUUUCAGGACAAUUUUGAGUUCUUGCAAUGGUUCCGGAAGUUCUUCAAUGCCAACAACAAGGGCAAGGCCUAUAAUGCCUUGGCCGUGCGCGAUGGCGUCACCAUGGGCUUCGGCUCGAGCUCCGGCAACGGCUCCAAGGGUCCGUCGAACAGUGCACGCUCCGUAUAUAGCGCACAUCAGGUGCGCACUCGCACAUUCGUUAGUGAUGCACACUUGACCUAUCGAAAGGAGAAGGAGGUUAUCGAGCUGGCCGAUGAUCAGUUCGAUAUGCAUGGCGUGCUCCAUGAACUGGAACGGGCCGAACAGGAUCGCGAUAUGUAUGUGUCGAAGCUGCGCGAUGUGAAGGUCAUUUGCGAGGAGAACCGAGAUGAGAAUCCGGACGUGGUCAAGAAAAUACUCGAGAUAAUCAAUGAGGAUGCCAUCGAGCCGUUCCCAUACGCUAGCGAUAAGACUUUUAAUUCCGAAUUGUUUGAUCAGGCCAAUGGCAGGCAGUGCUAGGCGCUUGCCCGAACAGCAAACAAACCCUUUAAACGCACACACACACACACACAUGUAAACAAAACGCACUCACCACACAUACUCAUAUGCAGAAGACACUCAUACUCACCACACGCACACACGCACACAGGCACACAAGCUUCAUAUGGGCGUUGCGCAAUCAGCUUGGACAGCAGAACAUACACGGAACAGCUGAAUUUAAUUUGAAUAUUUGUUUUCUGUUCUCUGAAAUAUCGAUAAAGAUUAAUGCUUACAAGUGUGCGCGUUCAGUUAGUUAACAACGUAACGGUUGUUGAUCAAAAAUACUUUUAACAAAACAUAAACCACUCUUCAAAUCGUUAGUAGCUAUUUGAUACAGCCAACGGUUGUUUAACUACUGAACGCCUGCAUUAUUUCGUGUUAUGUGCAUAA